AUGUCUGGAGAAGACUCUAUCUUUCUCUUCUCUGUGAAUGGUGUUUUAUAUAUUAGUUAUAUCUCUUCCCAAGCAUCUAUCUACCUAUCAAUCUCUCUCUUACUCUCUCUCUCUCUCUAUCUAUCACAGUCACUUCACUACCUAUCUAUCACAAUCUUUUCUUUAUCAAACUCUCUAUCUCAAUAUGUUCAUUAUCUAUAUAUCUAUCUGUCUAUCUAUCUAAAUACGUCGGAUCAUUUUCUAUCUAUUUUUUACUCUGAUCUGAAAGGUCUCUCAUUGCAUGUUUCUCUUUCUUUCUUCUUCUUUUCUUUCUUUCUUUCUUUCUUUCUUUUAAACAAUCCGGUUUCUAUCUCUUUCUCCUCUCCCUCCUCCUUUUAUCUCUCUCUCUUUAUCUAUCUAUCUAUCUAUCUAUCUAUCUAUCUAUCUAUCUAUCUAUCUCAAAUAUUCAUACUAUCUUUCUCUUCAGGUAUUCUUGAUCAUUGUCUUUCGCACUUUAAUAACUAUUCCCUCGCCCCUCACACACACACUCUUUCCUUCUCCCUAAUCACUAUCGCUCUCAAACAUAUUCGUAUCAUUGAUUCUCCUUCUUCACUCUUUUCUUCCUCUCUAAUCCUUGUCUCUCCCAAUCAUUCCCCCUCUUCUUCAUCUCAUAUUAAAUACCACUCUCCUCUGUCUUAG